AACUACCAUGAGUGUGCAAACACCGUAAAAGUAUAAUGUUUGGGAUUUCGUACGGUGAGCUCUUCCUCAUUGUUGGAGCGGCCGCUGCUCUGAUCGGUCCCAAGGAUCUCCCAAUCAUCGCUAGAACAGCAGGGAGGUUAGCUGGCAGAGCAAUCGGGUACGUUCAACUUGCUCGUGGUCAGCUUGAAAAUGUUCUGCAGGAGUCUCAAGCUAGCCAGGUACACAAAGAACUCAAAGAAACAAUGGAACAACUAGAAGCAAUUCGUUAUGAAAUCCGAAGCAUAUCUAUCAUGAAUCCAGGUCCAUUGACUCGUAGGCUAAUGGAAAAUCCAGAGCCUACUUCACCUGGCAGUGGUGACGGUGUGCCUGAGAAGCUUGAUGUAGAGAAUAGGUCAACACAUACCAUCUCAAAGGUUUUGGAUUAUGGUUCAAAAACCUCAGUUUCAGCUGAUCUUCACAGCCAAGCAACUAUUUAUGAUAGAUUGGCUGCCUCCCCAGCUCUAAGAACUGGCUCUUUUAAUAGUGGUGGAGAUGCUGAAAAGAUUAAUGAUGAAGUUAGUCAUUUUAACAUUCUUCCAGUCUCUGCUGAAAGUGCUGGUUUGCUACCAAGCCACAAGGAUGGUACAAAAGGAUCAGACAUUGUACUGGAAGCAAUAAUAGAAGCAGAGGUGGCUCACAAUGCUAAGCACUUUUUUUCACAGCCUCAAAAUCAGUUACCAAGUGAAUGAAAGGAUGAAGAACAACCUCUUCAAGAAUGUUGUUACAAAUGAUUUUUCAUUGGAGAGGCUAGUCAUUUUCCAUACGCAUCCAUGCUGAUAGGCCUGUGAUUUCGAUUUGCCUUGUUCAUU